CGAGCCACCGACGUGGCAACAGUUACACCGUUUCCGCGAUAUCCAUCGGCGAACAGAUUCCACGGGAUUAUUCGCAGCGUAGCCUCUCCGGACUAGUGGCUGGUCCAGGUGAUACUGCGGAUGCUCGCGGCAGUGUUGCAACAUCCGGAUUCUCAACGAGCACGGCACGUAAGUAGAUACUGCCGACGAAUCGUACCGGGUUCGAUGAUCCCGUACAAUCGACGCGUGUCACCGAUUCAUGCUGGCAAUCCUGGCUACCUGUGUGAGUGACACGGAGUGAAUAUAUGGUGGUUGCUCGCCAGACACUACGGGAACCCAUCAACGAGCAUCGCUGGAUUAACUGUCCGGUAAUCGAGCAGCGAUUAACGAGAUCAACGAGAGUGUUAGGGGAACGGAAAAUAUAAUGAAGAGGCUGGCACGUGUCGCUUGUGUGAAGCAGCCGUUCCUGUAUUUCAACUAAUCGCGUCGCGUCCGACGUGAAGGAUCAAUGCGUUUCGCUUGUUAAACCGAAACUUACGUCACAUUGUGCAACUCGCGAUCGGAUCUUCGAUGGAUCUUUUUAUAAGCAGCGCUGUGCUCGGUAGGAUUUCUGGUUGGACCAGUCAGAUUGUGAUCGAACAUUAAGAUUCAAAAGGAGGAACAUGAAUUGAUCGUUGGAACGCGUGUAUCGGAUGAACGCGGAAGCUCGAAAAAGACUACAACGUAACUUUCUCUUAUUACCAAAGAAUACAUUGACGUAAGGGUUGAAGGGUAAAAUAAGUGUCUGACCAUUUCACGAGCAUUUACGUGCGUUUUAUACUGCAACAAUCAGGCACCAAUGCCACGCAUCUCGAAUUCCAUCGACCGACUCUGAUGUUAACAUGCUGAUGUUAAGCAAAAUAUUAUCUCCUGCUGUAUACACAUAGAACCAUCAGCAUCAAAAGAACUCUUUUUACCAGGAAGAAGAAUCUUCAGAACGUUAGACACUUAGUGAAUUCGAAAAUAACAACAGAAAGACCAUUAAGCUAGCCGACAUUCGCCAAGCGAGCCACAUGACCCAAGUUUCACUGAAGACUCUCCGCGGAGAGACCCCAAUGCUCACCUAACUGGCACCACGCUAACGACGCGUGAACGCAAACCGAACAACAUCUAAACUCCCUGUCUUCAUGUGAAAAGCUGGUAUUCACGCUAAUCCUUGCAUCAGACCAGCAACUUUCUAAGUUGGGUGCAAAGGUGUUCGUUCGGUUUUCAAUAUGUUUCACGAUCUUCCUCGACGAGUCCGAUCAGACAGUAACUAAAGUUGCUGUGAAGGAACUCGAGCUACGGGGUGCACCGAAACGUGUUGCCCGCGAGACCGCGGUGCGUUUCCAUGUGAAUGUGUGGAUGGUGUCGUCGUCGUUGAUAUCGCCGCGGAACAAUAUACUUUUACGAGCUGUGUCGUACCGCGAGGUGCAUCGUUGUCCGCCUGAUUACCGUCGAUCUUCCCGGCGAUCGAUCACCGCUAGGGAAGCCGCAUCUCUUGGUUAAUUUCGGCCCGAUGGCUUCGACGCUCUGAAGCUCCGCGUUUCAACCGGUGCUCUCCACGAGGUGCGAGGACCUAACCACCGCGUAAGGGACCGACACGCCAUCGAGUCGACGGAAAUGAAAUGUUGUGACCAACGGUGAACGACGUGGCGAACGAUAAGGAGUAUCAUCGAGUGCGGAGUAAGUGAGCAUAUGUGACGAGUGUCGUGACCCGAGACACUUGUUGCAUGUCGGUUGUUUUUUAAAAAGUCUGCCGCAAUGUCUGUUUCGCGAGGAAGGGAGGAUUAGUCAACGUCCGACGCAAAAAAGAAAAACGUGAAACACGGGAGAAAGAAAGCGGAAAAGAAGCGAAUGGCGCGCGCGUGCCUUGGGCCACGCGGUUUUGAUCCAGCGUUCCUCCGCGUGCCUGCUUUGGUCAUGAAACUCGCGCGCGUUUCCGUCGUGCCUCGCGAGACGUGUACUUUGGAUGUUCGGGUACUUUCUUCGUUGACGCGUUAACGAAUUCAACGGUUUCGUUGGUCGUGUGAUGCUGUCAUGUCGAUCGUCGAUCACUGUUUCCUUCGCGGGCGCCAAAGUGUUCCGUGAUCCGGCCGUGUGCAUGUAAAAGUUGGUUUCGAUCUUCUCUGCGUCGCGCGUGUGAUCCAAGAAAUCCGUAGCCGGACGAACAGAGGACAUGAGCGUGAUUGUGUGCUCAGGCCGGUGACGCCGGUCGCGAAUUGUGCGUGAGGGCGUGUGCGUGUGUGGCUAUCGUCGGCUGGUACUCCUAGGUAGCGGACUGUCAUUGACGUGACGGAUAUUCGUUCGUGGUGGAUAUCUCCAGGCGCGUACGCUGUUGGCUUCGGCAAAGACGGGAAACAGAAAAGACCGGAAGGCUGGAUCACCUCCGUGGAAUGUCUUCGAGCGCCAAGCGGCUGGUGCAGUCGCUUAGGGGCCGCAGUGGGGGUGGUAGAGGCAACGGCGGUGGUCGCAGCGAUGCUGGUGGUGGGGAAGGCAGUGGCGGCGGCGGUGGUGGUGCUAGCACCAGUGCGACAAGAUUGUGCCCUUCCGAUAACAGCCUUGAGCUCAAUCAAAUCUCGGUGGUCGGUGACACUAUCGCUACGACACCUUGCCACUGUGGUGGUCUCAAGUAUGGGACAAGGGGGCAAGCGCUGUUCAGUAUUGCUGACUGGGUACCUGAUGCACCGGCGUACAGACUCCAUUCCGGAGUGAUUAUAUCGAGUGGCGGCGGUGGUGUGAGAGACCGUGUCACGGGGGGUUCCACUUCCGCUUUAAGCUGCAAAUGCAUGAAUCGCCACACACCCACGCAACAACAGGGGGCGUACAUGAACUAUGAGGCGACUGAUUUCGACCUAGGCCGUAAGUCAGAGAAGGGAGACCAUCUGUGGGGCAGAUUCAAGCUGCAUACAGAUACACUGACGCCCUCGCGCGACCAAUCGCACCUGCACACACCGACGUCCAUCAAUCAUCUGAAUAACAGCAGCUGCAACGGCACCGAGACCAGGUAUACAGUACAGCAACAGCAACAGCAACGUGGUAGCAGAGGGUACCCCGGGCAAUCGGGAACUAAGGGAUUUCGUACUGGUGCUCCUAAUUGGUCCUUCAUCUUUGAUCCUGCGGGACGUCUGUGUUAUUACUGGUCAAUGGUGGUAUCCCUUGCCUUUCUGUACAAUUUCUGGGUAAUCAUCUAUAGGUUCGCCUUCCAAGAGAUAAACGGCGAAACGCGGUGGGUGUGGUUCUGCUUGGAUUACUUCUCGGAUUUUUUAUACGUGUUGGAUAUAGUAUUUCACAUUCGAACUGGAUAUUUGGAAGAUGGUGUGUUGCAGACCGACGCAACUAAGCUGCGGAAUCAUUACACCAACAGCACAACAUUUUACAUGGACAUCCUGUGCCUGCUGCCACUCGACUUUUUAUACUUAUCUAUAGGAUUCAAUAGUAUACUGCGAAGUUUUAGACUUGUGAAGAUAUAUCGGUUCUGGGCGUUCAUGGAUAGAACUGAGCGACACACGAACUAUCCGAAUUUAUUCCGCUCCACCUCCUUGAUACAUUAUUUACUGGUGAUCUUUCACUGGAACGGGUGCCUCUAUCACAUUAUUUAUAAGAACAACGGCUUCGGCAGUAAGAACUGGGUGUUCAGCGACUCUGAAACAGCGGACGUUGUGAAACAAUAUUUGCAGAGCUACUAUUGGUGUACGUUGGCCCUAACGACCAUCGGCGAUCUGCCACGACCGAGAAGCAAAGGAGAAUACUUAUUCGUAAUAGCUCAGUUGCUGUUUGGUCUGCUACUGUUCGCCACCGUACUCGGGCACGUGGCCAACAUUGUUACUUCCGUCAGCGCGGCUAGAAAAGAGUUCCAGGCAAAGUUGGAUGGCGUGAAAACGUACAUGAGGAUGAGAAGAGUGCCAAAGCAUUUACAAGUGAAGGUUAUUAAGUGGUUCGACUACCUCUGGUUAACACAGAAAUGUUCGGACGAGGAAAAAGCUGUCAGUUGCCUUCCAGACAAACUGAAAGCUGAGAUAGCGAUAAACGUGCAUCUGGAUACGCUGAGGCGAGUCGAGAUUUUCCAGAACACGGAGGCUGGCUUCCUGUGCGAACUAGUGCUGAGACUGCGGCCCGUCCUGUUCUCACCUGGCGACUACAUUUGUCGCAAAGGUGAAGUAGGGAAGGAGAUGUACAUAGUAAACAGGGGGAGACUGCAAGUGGUGGCUGACAAUGGGAAGACAGUCCUCGCUACACUAAAGGCGGGUUCCUACUUCGGGGAGAUCAGCAUUCUCAAUAUGGGGACUGCAGGUAACCGGCGAACAGCCAGCGUGCGCUCGGUGGGCUACUCGGAUCUCUUCGUCCUCAGCAAGAAGGACAUGUGGGACGUGCUGAAGGAGUAUCCGGCAGCUAGAUUCCGCCUCGAAGCUAUUGCGGUGAAGAGAUUGGAGAAGUACAAGAGGGCACCUUCCGAAAAAGCUUCAAUGGGAAGAUGUCAGAGUACGCCAGGGUUGGUGGAAUCGCGGGGUCGUAUACCGUUGGAAGAGAUGUGGGUGUCGCCAAUUGACACGAAGUCUACUCAUACGUAUUCGGCCGGCCACUCGUUAUUCUCCCCUAGCCCGAGCCCGGUGAUACCGCGCGGUUUGCCUGUCUCUGGGAACAAUGUCAACGCGAACAACGUUCCAAGAAGCAUGGAUAGCCCGAUGAGUGCGACAAGCAGCGGCCACAGCAGCGAAGAUCAAACCGCUAGAGCACCGCAAUCCGGAGCUAUACAGCCUUCUACCGGCAGACAAUCCACCUAUUCCGGAAUGACUUACAACAGCAUGACACAAUUAGUCAGCGAAGGCGCUGCACCGUUGUUAGACACUUAUGAAACGUUGCUGGCCGAGAUCAAGCGUUUACGAAAACGUCUGGUUUGCCUGGAAACUGAAAACGCAGCAACGAGCGUGAAACUGAAGCAGCAGCACAGGGAAGUGAAGCAUCGAUUGGCUGAGAUCGAGAUGCAAAUUCGUACUGGCAGCUCGUGGAGCGUAGAAGACAACGAAAGAAACCGGGAAAGGUAUACCGGAGAAGAUCAAGACGAACCGGAAGGGGCUAGAAUCUCUGGUAGAUCUAGCGACACGAAAUCGAUCGGUAGCCUCAGUCAGCAUUUCUUUGAAAGUGACGAGGACGAGAAAUAUAUCGGCACGUGCAACGGAUACGCUUCGCAACCCGGCAGCAAAUCAAAUUUAUUGCUAUGCAGUGAGUGUGAUCAGAAGUCUCGAACUUGCACUUACAGGCCGCAAACACCUGGUUCCUAUUGCGCUAAAUACGUCGAGGAACGUUUCGACGAUCAGCUACAGACUCCGGGAACGUCUCGCGCGUACAAAAGCCCGGUUCACGCGUCCUCGCCGCAAUCGUUACACCGCGGUCAAGGUCAUAAUGGCCAAAGUAUUUCGCCUAGUUCGUUCUGUUGCGAUCAAGAGUACCAGGUUCGGCAAGGCUGGUCGAAAAAGCACAAGCAAGACGUCAACAACAAAGAACACUACAGGGACAAACACUCGGAUCAGGACGACGAGCUGGACAUUUGUGAGCUCUGUCACGGGAAUAGUCGUGAGUUUCAAUGUGCACACUGCGAUUUUUCUAACGAGGGUGAUCUGAUAUGCUUCCGAUGUCAGAGCGACGAGGGUUCGUCGAACGGCCACGCCUGUCCGCGUUGCGAAGCGAGCGACAGAGCGUCGAGCAAGCCAAGAUCGCAAAGGGGAGCUAUGUCUUCUAUCGACGAAGCGAAGUACCCGGUAGACGCUGUCGUGAAAAUUCAGGUAAACGAUCAUUUGAUGGACGUGGACUCGGACGAGACACCCGACAGCGACUUAAGCAGCCAUCAUCACCAGAGGAGCCCGAUGGAACGGCUGGGCACCAUAGUCGGCAAAGGAGACACUGCCAGUGAAGAUGACGAGAAAAAUGGGGGUACAAAGAUAAAUGAAACUAACGCCAGAAGAUAUUUCAAUUACACGACCGUGUACUCUUUCUUGUAAAUAAACAUGGUUACCAUCACUGCGGUUGAGCUACGGAGUUUAUUUGCGCAUGGAGAGUAUUGUUGGGAUUAGAAAUCGAGGAUUUAAUGAUAAACACAGUCGUAGCGGUGUUAUACAAAUUUUCAGAUUUUGAACGAACCUAUAAUAGGUACAUAUAUUUGUAGUGUACUGUUAUGAUAUUGUUAUACUAUCAUGCUAGUAGUAUUAAUGGCAUACUACUAUCACAUUUUAUACUCUAUAAAUAUAUAUCGUUUUUGUAACGUUAUCUUAUUACUAAACUUCACUUGAAUUAUGAGAGUAUCAUGUUAACCGUACACUUAUGUAUAUACGUGUAACGAGACUAACGAAUUCAAAUAAGGCAAAAGUAAAAAUCGCAACUACAGUAGGACUUUCUUGAAAUGUACUGAUCAUUGCUAUUGGAGGGAUUCUUUUAUAAUCAUACUAACAGAGGACAGUUAAAAAAGAUGAUGCACAGUUACGGAAAACAAACAAUAUUAAUGAACAAAUAGAUAUUAUGCAAUAGAAUAAAUUAAUAUAUAUAUAUAUAUAUAUUCUUCAGUAUAGUGGCAAUAGGUGGCAAGAACUUUUAUUUUGAAUUAUUUAUUAAACAAAUCUUUUUAACUCCUUAUAGAGAAAAAUUUCUAAAAUAUAAAUAGAAUUUGUUUGCAUUGUCAAACUUCCUAUCUUUAACAAUUUGUUAUAUUUACAGGUUUUGUGUCACAACUAUGUCUUAAGUUGUUAGAGAUAAUAAUUUAUUUUUUCUAUCAGAAAAUUAAAUUUUUAAUUUGAAGAUUUGAAAAGUAAAAUUACAUAAAAAAUUUGAAGUUUUUGAAAGUAUCGGAACUGAACUGCAUUUUUUUAUAUUAUCUGUAUAUUAUGUCCAUCAGUAAAUUAAUAAAAGAUUGAACUGCUCAUUUCCAAUUCUGAAAUUGAAAUGCUCUUACACGUUUACGUACUGCAUGAAUAUUUCGUAAUACACAUUAUUUAUUAUCAUAUUUUUCUGAAACGUUUAUAAAUAAAUUACAAUAUUCUUUCUAUUGAAGGUAAAGUAAGACGAAAUAAUAUUCGCAUAGUUUUUAUCAACCCAUGAUGAUUGAUGAAUGAAGUGAUGAUUAAGUGGUAAAUUUCUUUCUUGCAUGUUGGAGUUUUUAGUUUUAUUUAUAAGGUUUGUUACCGCAUACGACAUUGAUUCAUCGCAGAAAUUGCAUCGUUGAGAUAAAACAAAAAAUAUUAUAUAUUUACCUCUUAUUAUCUUUGUGACAAAACAAUUACCGAUUACUUACUAAUUACUUCCUUUUCUUCUUUAUAAAAGAUGGUAUUCCGAAAUAUUUGAAUAUAAAUAGUAUCAACAUUUUUUAGCAUUUCUGUUCCUUGUGAAAUCAUGAAUAUUUAUAAAAUAUAUGUAGAGACAAUUUUGAAAAACUUGUUUUGCACGAUUGAAAGCUACUUUAUUCCACUGCAGUAACUAACCGUGUUUUUGUUAUAAAUUUUAUACCUUUAAUUAUACCUACCCUGACUCUUUCAAAAUCUCUAGAAAGUGUAAAGUUCAAUACUAUUUUAACGUUAAUAUUUCUCAUUACUUUCUCACGGCUGCGGAAGUUUGAACAGCCCCUUUUUUCCGUCUUUCAUAACAAUUUUCAAGACCUUUCUGGAAACUUCUAACAAGACAAAAACUUGUUCCAACUUUUCCUUAAUUUCUCUCGUAGAAAGAACUUCUAUUCUAUUAAUUCUUUUUUUCCAUUCAUAAAAGAAAUAUUCAUUUUAGAAUAGUAUUUGGAACAACAAUAUAUUAUUUAAUAUUAUUUAUGAAUGAUAUUCAUUGAUAUAAAGAUUUCCACAGAUUUCUAAUAACAAUAUAAGGCAGAAGGAUUUGUCACAGAUUUCUGGAAUGUUAUUGUACACAAUGGACUGAAAAUAAUCAGAAUAUAAUCAUAUUUUAUUAAAUCUUCAUCGCAUCAAGUAUGAUAGUUUAUUACAAAUAUUAGAACGUUUUUAUUAUUAAUUAAAAUUAAAGUAUGAACAUUUCAUUUUCAUUAUGUUACAAAAAUUACAUAAACGAUGAAUGUAAUAAAUGUAAAGUAUAAUCCAGUCUUGAAAUUGUCCGACGUGUUCUAAUUUCCCGUUACUAUUUUAGAAGUGCGUCAAGCGUUAUCAAUAGCCACAAAUUUCAAGCAUUGUUGGCAAUAACAGAGUGUUUAGCAUACUUUGUUCAUAUUACGAAUGCCUAGUAUGACUCAACGGGAAUAAAUGCCUACUCUUAAACAAUGACAUCACCAUUUAUAUAAUAUGGCGUUGUAAAAUCGUACUGUUCCACAAGAAAUAUAUAUGUUAUUAUUAUUUCUAUCAUUUAUGUACAUCUGUAAACUUGGAUAAAAAUAUUCUAUUGUAUCUGUUUUCUAAAGGACUUCAUUUCCAUUAAAUUCAUUUUCAAUUUAAUAGAAAUUUAAUGGCGAUUCGAUUUCAUCACAUUAACAUGAUUUUUCAUCGACAAAAAUUAUUCUUUGUAUUUUUCAGUGUGUUUUAAUACACACGUUAUUUCGAUAGAAUCAGAAUUUUCGGGUUGAAUAAUUUUCAUCAUUAAUUCUGUAAUAAUAAUGAACGCAUAGCAAAGCGUAAUUGGAACCAUUUAAUUGUACAAAACCGAAAUCCACGUUACAAUUACCAGUGAGCUAUAAUAAUCAGUCGUGUUUUAGUUGAAAUAGUAAUAAAAAAGUGAAUAAUCUGUCGGAACUUGAAUUUCAGAACAUUCUCUCGUUUAUAAUUAUAAUUGAUCUAAUUAAUUUUAUACUUUGUUAUAAAAUGAUUAUAAAAACAAUUAAUCCACAAUGAAUUUUUUGUGCACAAAUAUUGGGUUUAAAUAAGUAAACUGAUUUUUUUCAGUGAAAAUAUGUUACUUUCUGUCAAUUGUCUGUACUUACAGUUCCAGCGAACAAUGAGCAAUACAACAUUCAGACACAGUUAAAAGAUCAAAUAUACCCAUAAAAGUACAAGUUAAAAAUUAUACCUCGUCUAUGGCAAUUUUAAUUAACUGUAUUUUGUGACAUGUCACUCCCAUCAUACAAUGUAAAGAAUAAUAAUUCGAUUCAUUUUCACUAACAAUAGAUAGGCCAAACUGUUUUAUUCAGAUCUAUCAUGAACAUUUACAGGAGUUCUACUGCAGUCCCUCAUAAACUCACAUAAACAUUUUCUAAAAAUAUUAGUCUUCAUUUUAUAUUUCUCACAUAGAAAUUGUUAAUAACGUCAAGUAAAGCAUAUUAUUUAUUUUCCCUUGCCUCUUCUAAUAAUGGAAUUCGAAACUAAAUUACUAAUCCUUCGCAUCAUGGCAUAGUAAAAGGAAAACGAUACUUUACGAUAAAAAUCGCUGUAAUUAUUAAAAUCGAUUAGUGGUCACACAUUUUCGACUCAAGUGAAUAGAAAUUACGAAAUACUAAGCUGAAGUAACAUUUGACAAUUACUUCCACUCGCUCAAUUCAUAAAGACAAAACGCUGAAGAAGCGACUGACUAAUAAUCAACAACGACACUCUCCAUCCAAAAUGAUAUGUAGAGAGGGAAACGUUACUGUGCCAUAAAACAAUUUAUUGGUUUUACCGUACCGUUACUUUUCGGAAUGUUCCGUAAUGUAUACCCAGAUUAUUUGACAUCGAAAUUUCUGUCGUAUAAUAAAUUUAGCGCCGUAGCUCGACUCGCAUGUAAAUAAACUGCCAAUAAACCGUAUAUCGUAGGGCUGUAUAGAUUAAUACGUAAUCCGUAAUAGUAAAGUGCUAUGUGAGUGUGAGUCCGAAAGAAAGAUAGAGAUUAAUUCAAAGUGUGAACGAACAAAAAAGAGAGGGAGAGAUAGAGUGAGAGAGAGGGGGAGAGAAAGAAAUUUUGCGUUCGACACGUGCUGUGUCACCAUGAGUUAACAAUAAGAUGCGUGAUGCAACGAUCAACACGAUUCCAUGCGCGACUUUUAGAAUGGAUUUGUGCAAAAAUCGUAUUCAUCUUGUCUGCACUGAUUUCUUUUCUUUUACCAGUCGCCCUGGACGUUCCGUUUUCCAUAACUUUUAAGGUGUACUAUAUAGAAAUCAUAUUUAAAAACGAUUAAUGGUACUUUCAAGCUCGAAAAGGGUAAAGUAAUACUACCAAACGAAUCUUCUAGCCUAAUAGGAAAUAAAAUUGGAAUAAAACAGUUCUGGCAAAUAUACGUUCGAAAACGUUUCUUUGAAAUGAUAUUUGUAACGAAAAUUAUGAAUGGAAUACAAGUUAUGUAAUAAUAUGAAAAAUCAUCAGAAAAAAUUUCAGAAUAUCUUAAAGUUAAUGUUAUUUAAUAACAGGCUAUAAGAAUAUUGUUAGGUGUAUAGGUAAAUUAAAAUUUCAACGACUUUUAUUAGGAAUAAUCACUGUUUUUAGGUAAAAUUGUUCACGAGUUUUAUUUAUAAAAAUGUAAUACAAUCGUUUCUAAUUAAGUAAAUACUUCUUAGAGUAAAUAAUGCACAUGAAAUAUUUAAUAAUUAAUUUGUAGCGUUAAACAUAUGUAUAAUUGAACUGUUUUAUUCGGAAUUGCGUUUCCUAUCAUAUGCCAAUCUAAAAUCCAAAGUACCGUUUGAUUUUAGCAUUGAAUUUGGACGUGAAAUCUUUCUUGAAAUUGUUGGAAAGUUAUUCUUAGUAUAAUAUUCAAUCAAUCUAUAAUUUUAUUCUGAAUUCAUUUAAUUCAAACUAAAAGAUAAUUGAAACCUCGAGUAGCUCAUUGGUUUUAUGCUAGUUUAUAACUAACUUGUCACCUGUUCACGUAAAUUUAUUAAGAAUUUCUUGAACUUGUUCACUAUCUCACGCAUUCCAAAUAAAAGUCAAAUAAUUAAGAUUUAUACACAAAUCCAUUGUAACUCAUGUUCGGGACCAACUAGAACCACCAACCCCAUUGCUGCUUCUGAUUUGUGUUCUCAUUUCCGACCAUUAUCUGUCACAUACUGCGUUCCUCUGUGGAAUAUGAAAAUAGUGCAGAAAGUCUUCAUCAUUAUCAAUGAAUUAUUAUGUUGUAUUAAAAUCUAAAAAAAAAAGUGUGUUUUCUUAUCAAUUAUUCUGAGGUCACACGUAUUACUUAAAUAGAUAAUAUGUAACUUGAAAAGAAAAUUAAUACGA